AAUACCACGCAUGCGCAUUAGCAUACCGGCGGCGACGGCUGUACGAACAGUGGCCUAACGAAUAAGGGGAUUACGAGUCCAAACUGAUAGGUCAGGCUAAACCAUGAGUCAAGGUAAGGACAAUGCACGACUCAAAAGCUACAAGAACAAGUCUCUCAACACAGAUGAGAUGAGGAGGAGGAGGGAAGAGGAAGGCUUGCAGCUGCGAAAACAGAAGAAGGAUGAACAACUUUUUAAAAGGAGAAAUGUUGCCACGGUGGAGGAUGACGGUGCUCUUGAGGACGAUGGAAUGGCAGAUAGUGGCUAUCUGGAAUCACAAGCUAACAACCUGGACCCACUCAUGGGUGGGGUGAUCUCUGAAGACAUGAUUCAGAUGAUCUUCUCCAGCUCUCCUGAGCAGCAGCUAAUAGGCACUCAGCGCUUUAGGAAACUUCUCUCUAAAGAACCCAACCCACCCAUUGAUGAAGUCAUAGCCUCUACAGGGGUGGUGGAGCGUUUUGUUGAGUUUCUAAAGAGAAGAGAAAACUGCACGUUGCAGUUUGAAGCAGCAUGGGUGUUGACCAACAUUGCUUCAGGUACAUCCCACCAGACCCAGGUCGUGAUCAAGGCAGGAGCUGUUCCCAUUUUCAUAGAGAUGCUCAGCUCAGAUUUUGAAGAUGUGCAGGAACAGGCGGUGUGGGCCUUGGGAAACAUAGCAGGCGAUAGCACAGAGUGCAGAAACUUUGUCAUCGAGUGCAACAUCCUGCCCUCCCUGUUGCAGUUAUUGGCCAGACAGAACCGUCUAACAAUGAUGAGGAACGCGGUGUGGGCGCUCUCAAACCUGUGCAGAGGAAAGAACCCACCUCCGGACUUUGCUAAGGUGUCCCCGUGUCUAAGUGUGCUGUCCUGGCUGCUGUUUGUCAACGACACAGACAUCCUGGCUGAUGCAUGCUGGGCUCUAUCCUACCUAUCCGAUGGCCCUAAUGACAAAAUCCAGGCUGUUAUUGACUCAGGAGUGUGUCGGAGGCUUGUGGAAUUGCUGAUGCACGCUGAUUAUAAGGUGGUGUCUCCGGCACUCCGGGCCGUUGGAAACAUCGUCACUGGAGAUGAUCUGCAGACACAAGUGAUUUUGAACUGCUCAGUGCUGCAGUCCUUACUGCACCUUCUGAGCAGCUCCAAGGAGUCCAUCAAAAAGGAAGCUUGUUGGACAAUCUCCAACAUCACAGCAGGGAAUCGAGCACAAAUACAGAUGGUGAUAGAUGCUGGUCUGCUGCCUCCUCUCAUCACCAUCCUGCAAGUAGCAGAGUUUCGCACACGCAAGGAGGCAACGUGGGCCAUAACCAAUGCCACCUCAGGAGGCUCCGCCGAGCAGAUCAGGCAUCUUGUGGAACUUGGUUGUAUAAAACCUCUGUGUGAUCUGCUCACACUCAUGGAUUCCAAAAUAGUUCAGGUGGCUCUAAAUGGUUUGGAGAACAUCUUGCGACUUGGAGAACUGGAGGCCAAAAGGGGAGGAGGAGGCAUCAAUCCUUACUGUGCGCACAUCGAAGAGGCGUAUGGUCUGGACAAGCUGGAGUUCCUGCAGGGCCACGAGAACCAGGAGAUCUAUCAGAAAGCCUUCGACCUGAUCGAGCGCUACUUCAGCACAGAAGACGAGGACCCGUCUCUGGCCCCGGCCGUGGACCUGCAGCAGCAGCAGUUCCUCUUCCAGCAGUGCGAGGCCCCGAUGGAGGGCUUCCAGCUAUAAUGCUGAACCUGGCCCCUCCCAUCGUGCUCCAGCUUCAUCUUCACCUCAUGCUCACUUCUCUCAGUCUCUGCCCCUGCAGCCAAGGUCCGGAGCAGCGUCAUGGCCCCCGGCAGUCCCACCUCUGUCCUCCUCUUGCCCUCAGAGGUGGAUUUAAUCAUCAUCAUGAUUGAAACAUCAUUUUCAGGAGCACACACACGUCUGAGCGUCCCUCUGACACGGGUCAGUUUCUGCAGUCCUGUCAGCCAGUUUGUGAAGGUUCAGUUCUUCAUUCUGUUUCGUGCCGACUUCUUUACCAUCUGACCCUCGUCGUCUGAUCAGGGCCCUACCCUGGGCCCUUCUCCUACCUGCAGAAUAUUUCCCUUGUAACGGCGUCUCCACUUUACUCCUCCUCCUCAUUCGCUUCUGUUGAUUCUUUUUGGGAUCRGCAAGCUCCAAAUCUCAGUGGGAGGAUUUGGACUGCGCUGCUCGUCUGAAGCAUUAAUGACCUGACAAAAAGACGUGGUAUGAUCUAACCUAAACACUGGACUGACUUGGAAACAUCGACUACACGUUUGCUUCACAGCACACGACGGGACUUCCUACAAAAGGCAUUUAACUCUCAGAUGGAGGUUUAUUUCUCUCACCUCUUCAAACCACAGAUGGACUAAUUAGAAACCUGACUGUUGCUGUGGGGUGGAGUCUGUCGGCGGUGGAACAAGCUGCUCGCGUUCCCACCUGAGUUUCAUAUCAUUCCUCUAACCAGUAUUGGGACUUUUUAUUUUUCCUCCUGCACUGGCUCCAUCCUCAGAGUUUAGACUGCCUCCUCUGGCGUGACGAAAAAUAWAAAAAUAAAUAAAACCACCCCAUGGAAUCAUGGGAAUUGGAGUCUUCCCUUGCACUGAGACUAUUGGAUGGACUUGGACGAGACAAAGCAGACUAUAUAACUCUAGAUUCUGUCCAGCAGCAAACCAGCGGGAUGUUUUUGUUUUUCUUCUUUUGUUUUAAUUAUGCUAUAAGUUUGUUUAAUUUGCAGCACUUUAGCUCUGGACAGAUGUCUGUCUGUCGACAGGCAUUUCUACAUUUCUCUUUAAUUGGUUGGUGACACAGCUCUUCCUCAAAAAGCAAUUUUGUAAAGAGGGAUGUUCUUAUUCUCUUCCUUUCCCUGUAGGACAAUUCCACCAUUAGCCCCUCCCUCCAGAAGGGAGCAGGCAGGUCGAGGACUGAAGCAAUCAGCAAAUAUUUGUCACAGAGGAUCAUGUUGCCUCAGAAAAUUAGAAUGUUGUUUGUUCAAAGUAAUGUUCUGAAUUUGGAAAAUUGGCUGUUUUUAAAAAGGUGAGGAGUUUAAAACACGACUUUACGAUGUGUGCAGGUACAAUGUUUCAAUUUGGUUAUACCAAAUCAGCACACUAAUCAGCUCGUAGGCCUGAGGAUUAAUUUUUUUUAUUAUUAUUUGAGAGUUUGCAUCUGUAGCUGAUGGUGCCAUAAUCCCUAUAUGAUAAAAGAAAAUCUUCCAUAUAUUUUCAGCAAAAGAAUCCAGAUCAAAACAUAAAAAAAAUCUGGCUAUCAUUUUAGUUAGCACAACUGAAUAUUUGUUUACCAAGUCCUGUUCACGUUGCUUACUUUUGUUGAGUUUCAGCAAAAGAUGAGCAGCUCUAUGAGUUCAUUACUGUUUGUUGUGUUGGGUUUGUGCAUCUGUCCUCUGUUUAUGCCAUUUGCAUAAAACUUGUUUCAUAAACUGA